GCUCUACUCUAGGGAGAUGCGUCUGCACAUCGUGCAGUGCACGUGCAAUCGUCACGCAUCACGGACACCCAGAAAUUCGCUCAGUUCUUACCUAGACUCCGCGCCAGUCGCACGCAUGGUGUUUCGCCACUUUUCCCGCGCUUAGUGACUAUGGUAAAUAAACCCGGUGAUAUACAUGCCACAGGUCUAACUGCAGUGCCGAGAGAUCAUCUACUGGAAGCUGGUCUGGAGUUAUAAUUUCAGAUAGCGAGUCGUCGCGGAUGAGCGUGCAGCGCGGCUCGGGCACUCGGCGCGGCCCUAGCUCAUGGCUGCCGGUGCGCUGCUGCUGAUGGCGGCGCUGGCCGCGCUCGCCGCUGCGCACGCCGCGCGCUUCGGCGACCGCCUCGCGCCGCGUGUGCCCGCCGCCUACGCUCCGCGCAACGCCCCGUCCGAACAUCACUACACUGACGCUGAAUAUGAAGACACAUAUGAACAAGACUAUGAAGAACACAAUCUUUCCGUCGAAGAGGAAGAGGCUCAAGCGGAAACUGAACCACCGCCGCGUAGACCAGCCCGCACUGAGGCGCAUCGGCUCGAAAUGAGCACAGAGUACUUUGUGGUUCCCGAAAGAACGUCAUCGUCUACACGGCCGCCAACAUCUACCAAAAUACUUGCUACAUCACCAAUCCCGGUUCUCCACAAUACCACUAUAAUAACGGCUUUACCGCAGCCAACUCAUGGUAUUCUAAGAUUGGAAACUUGGGCAGUACCUAUAUUAGCGCUGGCUUGUGUGACUAUGAUAACACUAGGCGGCUUCGAAGCUUUCGUUGUCUGGGGGGCCAGUCGUAAAGCUCCAAGUCAGCGCCACCUCCUUUUGGGGCAGACUCUACUGUUUGGAUUGUUGUCCUGUGCCGCAACAGCGGCGCUGUUCGCAAUCACUCCAACAGCGUUCACUUGCGGUGCUGUGCGCUUUGGAACGGGGGUCUCAUAUGUGAUCGUAUUCGCAUCGUUACUAGUGAAGUGUGUAUUCCUUUUAAGUUUAAACGGCGGAGUAUACCUGCCGGCAGCGUAUCAAGGACUCUUAUUAUUUUUCGCGGUGAUGAUACAAGUGGCAAUCGGUGCUCAAUGGCUAGGUGGUUCGCCGCCUCGUGUAGUGAACGGGGGACGAUGUGACGCCGCGUUGUCUGAUCUCUUGUUAUCAUUGUCGUACGGGGCGUUCCUGAUAGCAGUGGUGUGCGGCAUAGCAUUGAGAUCGCGAGGUAUCCGCGACAACUAUCGGGAGGCGACCCACAUCGCGGGGGCAGGCGGUGCGACCGCGGCCGUGUGGGUGUGCUGGGUGGCGGCGGCGCUGGGCGCGCCGGAGCGACACAAGGACGCCUGCGUGGCCGCGGGUCUACUGGCGACGUGCGCGGUGGUAUUCGCGCUGAUGUUCGCGCCAAAGGGCCGCCGCCUCGCCGCACUGGGCCGCGAAGGGCGUUGGGACGCCGACCGCGAGGAGGGCCUGAGCUCGCUGGGCGCCGGGGGCUCGGGCUAUUCGCCAUCCUUCUUCCACUUCAAGCCGGUGAAGUACGGCAUGGUGUCGGCAGCGGCGCCGGCGCCGGCCCUGCCACCCGCCCUCGACCGCAAGGAACCGCCCGCUCAGCCAGCCGAUCUGUACGGCGCGAUGUUCGCGGGCACCACGCACCUACAUUCACGCCCUCUGUGCUCUCCACCGCACUACCCUCUACACCCCUUAAUGCACUACCAGUACAAUUACCCGCCCUUCCAUUACCUCCUACCACCAGGCGUGAUGGUGCGUCCUGAGGAGGGCAACGUGUACACGAGCGUGGAGCCUACCUUCAGCAGCAACCCCAACGUGUUCUUCCAACGCACUGAGCCGUUGCACGUCGGCAUGAUGUACUGAGCAUCUGACAAACCAUCGUUCUUUGAGAACCACUGGUAUUUGGCAGCGCAUUGGCGCCUGGACUAAAAUCGCCCGCAAUUAUUGUGUUAAUUCUUUUCACGCCUUUGCUUGUUGUAAGAAUAAGGGUGUCAAUUUAUUUAUUUUAUAAAGGACGAUAUUUCACUCGUCCAAUAAUAUAUAUUCAAAUUCUUUCAUCUUCAGUAUUAAGAUUGGACAAAAAGUCGAUAAAGCCUUUAAAAAUCUGAAAUAGACGUACCAGUGACGACCGGUCAUAAAAUUAUUUGAUGUCAACUGCUUAAGACACAAAAACAGUUUAUAGUUAUUUAUUUUAAACCUUCGAAGAUUGUCCAACCAAUGUCCAGCUGAACUGACGCAAUAACCUUGUAGAUUAUCCAUCUGGGAAAUAUUUAUAAGUGAUUGCUGAAAACUAUGUGCUGAAUCAGGCAAUUCGACAGCCAAACGAAGUGCGUGAAAAGGAGUCAACUCUUAACUGCCCAUGGCCGAAUGGCAUGGCCAUAACAUAACGAUGAAACGUAUACUGCCGUCUAAAGUAUCUCUCAGUAUAAAUCUGCUAAAUGUGCAACAAUCCUAUUAUUUAAUGCGUCUACUUUCUAGUCAUUUACUUAUGAUUCGAAAUGUAUCCGUGCACUAGGUAAAUUAACGGUCUAAUUACGCACGACGGUAAUUUAUUAACAGUCAUUGAAAGAUACUUUAUUCAGCAGCGAAAAAUGUACAGACUUUUAAAUGAACACAUAAAAGCUAUUUGUGAUUUAAAAUUGAACUCAACCCACCCUGAUUGAAGAGCAGCUAUAUGAUUACUUACAUAUUUUAGAUAUAAGAAGGACCAUUUAUGUUAAGUCUUGUCACAAUGAAUUGUA